CACUUCGGCUUCCAGACCGUGUCCGAGGAGGAGAAGGGGGAGAAAGUUUACCAGGUGUUUGAAAACGUGGCCAAGAAAUACGACAUAAUGAACGAUUCAAUGAGUCUAGGCAUUCACCGAGUGUGGAAGGAUGUUCUUGUGCAUAAGAUGAACCCUUACCCAGGAACCCUUCUUCUUGAUGUUGCUGGAGGAACAGGUGACAUCGCCUUUCGAUUUAUUAAUUAUGUUCGUUCCAUGCGAGAACGCCAGCUCCAGCGGAAGCUUAAGCACCAUCAGAAUUUGUCGUGGCAAGAAAUUGCUGACAGUUACCAGGAAGAGGCAGUUAAGCCUCUUGGGGAUUCCCAAGUGGUGGUCUGUGAUAUUAACAAAGAAAUGUUAAAAGUUGGGAGGCAGAAAGCGCAGCACCUUGGCUACUCUGAAGGUUUGUCCUGGGUGGUUGGGAAUGCUGAAGAGCUGCCCUUUGAUGAUGAUAAGUUCGAUGUUUACACAAUUGCCUUUGGAAUACGAAAUGUAACUCAUAUUGAUUUGGCGCUUCAGGAGGCCUAUCGUGUACUGAAGCCAGGAGGGAGAUUUCUCUGCCUUGAAUUUAGUCAAGUCAACAACCCUCUCCUUUCCAGGCUCUAUGAUCUGUACAGUUUCCAGAUUAUCCCUGUUCUGGGUGAGGUUAUUGCUGGUGACUGGAAAUCUUACCAGUAUCUCGUGGAGAGCAUCCGACGCUUCCCCCCUCAGGAGGAGUUCAAGGCAAUGAUAGAAGAUGCAGGGUUUUUUAAAGUGGAUUAUCAGAAUUUAACAUCGGGCAUUGUUGCCAUUCACUCAGGUUUCAAACUGUGAGCCUGCUACCUAGCAAAAUACAGGAAGUAUAUUUUUUUCUGAGGAAUCUGAAAGAUGUGGAAUUUUAACUCUAUCAAGAUAGAAGAAAGUCUUGGGAGAACUCCGUUUUUCUGAGAAAGAAGUCAUUUUAUUUAUUUAGCUCAAAACUUGGACUUUGAGUUUAAAAACUUGAGCAACAGAUACUUGCUCAGCAGUGACCCAGAACAUCAGCUGCUUCCCACUACCCAGCCCCAGACCUGAGGAUGAAGUGACUUCUGUGGCCGACUUCUUACGUUUGCAUUUCCCUUCAAGUGCAAUCUAACGGACAUGGCCAAAACCGAGCAAUCCUAAUAAAUGUAGUGACUUCACUUACCUGUUGUGUGGAUCCAGAAAUAGACUGACUAGCCUUCAAACAAGAUGCCUCUUUUCUUUUACUAAACUUCAAGGGGGAUAUCAUAGCAGUGCAAAGUAACUUGGAUUUACUAAAUGUUUAUUAAGCUCUCAUUGUCUUCGUUAUGUGGGCUUUAAGAGACUUCUGUGCUUCCUUUAUUUCCUUCAAAGGGAAGUGGAAGACUUGUGAAAUAAAACAGCUCUGUGCUAA